AUGUGUUGGGAGAACCAGAGCAGCGUGUCCGAGUUCCUCCUCCUGGGGCUCCCCAUCCGUCCAGAGCAGCGGGGCCUGUUCUUCGCCCUGUUCCUGGGCAUGUACCUGACCACGGUGCUGGGGAACCUGCUCAUCAUCCUGCUCAUCAGGCUGGACUCGCGCCUCCACACCCCCAUGUACUUCUUCCUCAGCCACUUGGCUCUCACUGACGUCUCCUUCUCAACUGUCACUGUCCCUAAGAUGCUGUGGAACAUGCACACUCAGGACCUGUCAAUCUCCUAUCCAGGGUGUAUCUCACAGGUGUAUUUUUAUUUGGUUUUUGGGUGUGUAGACAAUCUCCUUCUUGCAGUGAUGGCCUAUGACAGGUAUGUGGCCAUAUGUCACCCCCUCCACUACACCAUCAUGAUGAGGGAAGAACUGUGCCUGCUGCUGGUGGUGGGCUCCUGGGUCAUCUCCUGUGGCAGUGCCCUCUUGCACACUGUCCUCCUGGUGGGUUUGUCCUUCUGUGCUGACAACAUUAUCCCGCACUUUUUCUGUAGUCUCUCUGUCCUACUCAAACUGUCCUGCUCAAACACCUCUCUCAAUGAUUUGGUGAUAUUUACUGAAGGGGCUGCAACAGUCAUUUUUCCAUUGAGUGGCAUCCUGGUCUCUUAUGGCUGCAUUGGGGCUUCCAUCCUGAGGGUCCCCUCUACCAAAGGCAUCACCAAAGUCUUCUCCACCUGUGGCUCCCACCUCUCUGUGGUGUGUCUCUUCUAUGGAACAAUCAUGGCGGUCUACUUUGCCCCCUCUUCAAGCAACUCUAAUGACAAAGACAUGAUUGCCUCCCUGAUGUACACAGUGGUGACCCCCAUGCUGAACCCCUUCAUCUACAGCCUACGGAACAGAGACAUCAAAUUGGCUUUUAGGUUUCUUUUCAGAAAAGAUGUCCCUUUUGUCAGGUGA